CGGCAUUCGCAACAACGCUCGAUCAAUCCGGUUCGGGCAGCUCGGGAGUGUGUGUGUGUGUUUGGAGAAAGUGUUUUGGAGAUACAUUUUUUACUGAAAGUGUGUACCGUCUGAAAGAAUUGUCCGAAGAAAAGUCCUGGAAUACAGCAAGCAAACCGUGUAGUUACGCAAAUCUACUUCACAGCGGCAAUUGAACCUCACUGCCAAAUCACUGUACUCGAUCAGUUAUCUCAAGAUCUGCGGAAACGGUACAAGAGCAACACUGUGAACGUGCGAACCACUAAACACACGGACGAAUUUGCAGCGCCCAAAAGGGAGCACUAAGCAGCAGUACCUUCGAUGGCCUCCAACGCUCCUCCAACGGGUGGAAAAAGUGACACGUCACGGAAACCACCUGUGAUAAAGAAUCCGCUACUGAGCUCCCAGGUUACCGGAUUGACGCUGGACGACUUUGCGCCGGUUGCGGUGUUGCAGCCAGCGGCACCGCUGCCCACCAUCGUCAAGGAACCAUCGGAAUCAACAGUUCCUACCAAACCGGCCAUCUUUAGCUCCCAGCAGCUGGUGACUGGUACCGUUCCGGAGCUACCACAGGACACGGACAGUUUCAGUGAGAUCGAUCUGACCGCAACGAACGAUCCGCAAACCUUCGCCCAACCGCCCACGAUCGAUUACAAUCCGCUGCAGGAUUUGGAAGAUACGGACGGACGGGCGGGCACCGGUGGUGGCAGCCAGUUCGGAGACAGCGGCGAACCGUCGGCAGCAUCGUAUUUGCAGCAAACGUCGGCACUGACCGCCCAGUUUGCCGCACAACUGCCGAACGUCGCGUCAACGGUAUUCUCGACCUUCAGCCGUGUCAUCAAGGGCAGCUCGCCGGCCCCACCAUCAUCAUUAGCUGGGUCCGCGCACGCUAACGAUCACCCGUCGGUGUACGGUGCGCAGCCGGAAUUGCAAAGUACGCCCAACAAUCCAUACGAGCUACUACCACCGCCAUCGGCAGCGUCGUUAGUGCCAUUAAUAAAUUCAUCCGCGUGCGACCCAUCCGCGCUCUAUCCGCCGACCGCGGUCGCACCGGACCAUAGUCCACAUUUGGGGGCGCAAUCAUCUGCAGCAGCACAGUCACCUCCACCACCGCCACCAACGUUCUACAACCCGGAACAGGUGCCAUCGGCGCAACCACCGCCAACCGCGCCCGGCUUAUCAAACACGUACCGAUUAGGUGGAAGCAAGAAGAAAACGUAUGCUCAUAUUCCCGGGCUAAGCACCACCGCCCACUCUGCAGGCCCGUCUGCCGCACCACCGUUGCCUACUGGGACGGUACCACCUGUGACACUACCACCAGGGCCACCGUCUUCGGCGGUACCAACAUCGUUGCAACCUGCUACGACGGUGCCACCUGUGGUGACAUUUCCGCCAGUAUCAACCGAUAUCGGUGUAUCGUAUUCAUCAUCCAGCCAGCUAACGGAAUCGGCUAAUCAAGUUGCGGAAGAACCUCCGAAAAGCAAACCGUCUCUUUUGAGCUACCUUCCGAACAGCAUCCUUGAGAAGCUUCCCAAACCGGGCGUCGGAAGUGAUAAGAAGGAAGAACCAUCACCACCCAUCGGUGGAAUAUCAAGUGGUUCGAUCGUCGAUCAGUUUGUCGAUGUCAACGCUACACUACCGGCAGCAUCAGUCGCUCCACCACCGUUGAACAGUGCAUCGUUCUUUGCGCCACCGCCGGUGGUUGAAUUCACACAGCAACCGCCAGGUGUUUUGCAGCCACAGGCUAGUUCCUUGUUUGCAACACCCGCUCCUGAGCUAGGCGUUGAAGCGUCGACAAUUGCAACUCCAUCGCCAGCAGCUCCACCGCCCGCAUUUUUCUCGCCAGCUCAAAUACCAACCGUUCGUAACGCGCCAGUAGGCGUCAGUUCGGCGAAGAGCAAUCCGUACAGUUCAUCGCGUGUUGCGGGAGGUGUUGGACGGUACAAGAACCCACUCGCACCGAUUGUUCCACCUGCUGCUGGAUCGGUAUUUUUACCCAAUCAACCACCACCGUUAGCCGGUGGACAACCGGGCAAGCUACUUCCUGAAGAACCGACGCUUCCAGCAGUUGGUCCUCUGCCGAGCGUUUUUUCGCCUCAAAUAGUUCCUGCACCGCCGCAGGUACCGAUAACUCCGGUCUCUAUUUUCAAUCCCACUUCAACAGUUCCGGUAGCAUCGGAUAAGCAGCAAGAACUUCAGCAGUCUACAUUUGGUUGGGAUCCAAAGAUACAGGAAAGCGGUGGUGUACAAGCUGCACCAGCUCCAGUUCCUGCACACCAAGAACCGGUGACGCCCCAAUUGGUUCCAACAAAUCUAGGACGCGAUUCACAGCUUUUUCCAGCAUCGAGUAUCAUUCCUGAUGCGUCAGUUCCGGGAGUAAAUGCUGACCAUAAACCAUCGUUUUCGGGAUCAUUUUUCAAUCCGUACGCUGCACCGAAAGAGCAAGUGGACGGUCCUUCGCCUGUCCAACAACCGAUCACUGUAAUAGAGCCUUCGUUUUACAAACCGGAAAACGUUUCCAUUGUGACAUCAACGGCAACCACUGCCAGUUUCCCACAAUAUUCCGUUCCGCUGAGCAGUGCUGAUACGGUGCGAAAGCAAUUCGCUACGUUCGGUAUUGGUGGAACUUCGACCGUCGAAGCGUUGCCAACGUCCAUCCCAUCGUUCCUUGGAACCGGUCCAGCUCCACCGAUCGUCGGCAGCUCAAAACCGAUCGUAGAUAGUCGCUCAAAAUCGAGCGAAAACGUCCUUUCGUCACCACCACGACCAAACUCUCAGCUCAGCGAACCGGCAGCAAUCUUCCCUGGUUCUGUGCCUCCGGCAGACAUUUUCCUACCGGAUCUUUCCGGACCGCUACAAACACAGCAGAAGGAAAGGCUCAGUGCAGCGGUAGCACCAACACAGGAUACGAACGGCAAUAAUUUGUCCAACUUUUUUGCUGGCAGCACUGCACCCGUAACUGUUCCGGUGGGGCAACAGUUUGAAGAAUCGUUAACCAACGCAAAUCCGAUAUUGCCCGCUGCAACGACGGUGUUUGCUACUCAAACGCCCGAACCAACACCAGCUAUAAAUCCGGUUGAUUUCUUCAACAGCAAUACGCUCGUUUCGCAGGAAACCACCACAGAGAGUUCAAUCAAAACGGGUCAGACAAUUUCAUCCGUGCCUUUGUUUAACUUUUUCGGCCGUACUACCGAACCGGCUGCUCCUACUCCUCCGGUAGCGACACCAGCUAGUGGUGUAGUAGCUCCAGUCGAAAAGCCAUCAGUUCCGGUAGUUACUUUAGAUCCGGCCAACGAGAACCAACCGGAUUCGGCGAAAGAGGCGAUCGCUAUCACCGAUCAAGCUGUCUCACCAUCUUCCGUAUCGAACGUUAGCAGUUUUAGCAACCUAAACGAUCGUUACGAAGAGGAGCAAGGUGACCAGGAAGCGGCUCGCAUUGAGAACGCUUCCAACGAACCCAUAUUCAGUAGCGAUAAUCUGUUCGAUUUUAAGUCGUCCGCCUAUCGGGACGGUGGACUUUACUCGCGGGAUACCAACCGUACCUACGACACGUACGACGGAAGCAGCAGCAUGGCAGCGAUGGCUACCACAAGUGUCGGUGCACAGGAUGGCACCACGACGAACACCGGCACAUCGAUAGCGGAAUCGAGCACCACCAAUAUCGCCUACCGUCCGACAUACAAUCACUGGUUUUAUCGGCGCGAGGUGGAAGGCAAAAGUGUAUGGUCACCGUUCACCAUGGCCGAUUCGAUGGCACUCGAGGACGGGUGGACGACGCUGGUGGCAAGUGGGGACGGUGAGCCGGAAAACGACAGCAAUCCGUCGCCGGUGAUUGUCCACACCGACGGUGGACGGUACGAUGUAUCGAUCAAGGAACGGACCCGCACUCCGGUGUACUGGAAGGGUCCGGCGAACGAGGUUCGCCGAUGCUCGUGGUUCUACAAAACGGUUGACUCGCGGUUCGUACCGUACGAGGAGGAGGUGGCCGAUCUGCUCGAACGAGAGUACAAGGAAGCGGCCACCACGGGCGAAUGGCACCGGCGUGUUACGAUCCCGAACGGUGAAACGGUCGUGUUUCAUGGACCGUCCGUUAUCGUGCACUUCCUGCAGACACAAAAUCCGGACACUUGGGGCGGUGGUAGCUCUCCGGUUCCCUCCACCACGAACCGGCCGCGGGUGGUGAAGCGUGGCAUCGACGAGUUUAACAUUGACGACGAUGAGCCGGAAAAGAUCGAUCAUUUGCUGUUCAUGGUGCACGGUAUCGGUGAGGCUUGUGAUUUGCGGUUCCGGCGCGUUGAGGAGGUAGUGGACGAGUUCCGAAGCAUUUCGGCCCAGCUAGUGCAAAGCCACUACCGCUCGUCGUUCGAUCGGGGUGAUGUGGGACGUGUCGAGAUUCUACCGAUCUCCUGGCACGAUGAUCUCCACUCGGAAGAGUCCGGUGUGGACGAGAAGCUAAAGUCGAUCACGCUUCCCUCGAUCCCGAAGUUGCGCCACUUUACGAACGAUACGCUGCUGGACGUACUGUUCUACACCAGUCCAAUGUUCUGCCAGAGCAUUAUCGACGCGGUGGGCAAAUCGUUGAACCGGCUGUAUGCGAUGUUCUGCCAGCGCAAUCCAACGUUUAGCGGGCGCGUUUCGUUGGCGGGCCAUUCGCUUGGCUCGCUGAUUCUGUUCGAUCUGCUGUGCCACCAGAAGCGGGUGGAACAGAGGCAACCGAGCGAGCCGGAAAAUUCGGAGAACCCAGAUGAUGAUUCUGUAUCGCCGCUCACACCACACCAUGCCGUCGCCAAGCAUCGGCCACUGGUGCGCAAGUGCUCGCAGCAAAUCAACUACGAAGUGGGACCAGCCGGUACCGGCCAACCGUACAUCACCUACCCGCAGCUAAUGUUUCAACCAAAAAUGUUUUUCGCACUCGGCUCACCGAUCGGCAUGUUCGUGACGAUACGCGGAAUCGAUGCGCUGGGCCUGGACUUUAAGCUACCGACGUGCGACGGGUUCUUUAACAUCUUUCAUCCGUACGAUCCGGUGGCGUACCGUAUCGAAGCCCUCGUCAACCCGGAACUGAGCACUCUGGCGCCGGUACUGAUUCCCCACCACAAAGGCCGCAAACGGAUGCAUCUGGAGCUGAAGGAGACGGUGAUGCGGGUCGGUAACGAUUUGCGACAACGCGUAACGGACGUGUUCCGCAACACGCUGGACACGGUGUAUGCGCUGACGGCGAUGGGCACACGGCCGGACUCGAAAGCGAUACAAAAGGAGGUCGAUAAGGUGUUGCAGGAUCAGUUGAAGUUUGAAGCAACCGGGUCGACCUCGAACCUGUCCGGAACGAGCGAUGUCGAUAGUGGCGAGACGAACCUUCCGCUGGGAAAGCUUAACCAAUCGCGGCGUGUCGAUUACGUGCUGCAGGAGGCACCGUUUGAAUUCAUCAACGAGUACUUGUUUGCGUUGACUAGUCAUGUGUGUUACUGGGACUCCGAGGACACGAUGCUAUUUCUGAUGAAGGAAAUCUACAGCAGUCUUGGCGUACAGACGGACCAUCAAGUUCCGCAGCAGACGAUGACGAUCGAGCGACCAAUGGCCGGCACCAGCCCGGUCGCGGGCGCUUCGUCCUGCUCGUUAAAUAGCAACUACAAUCUUUUCCCACACGACGUGCAGCCGUCCCGCGAGGGUCCCGACAACCGGCUAUAGUUUCCGGGAGCGUGUGAAAGAGUGUGAUGUAAAUUCCGAUUGUCUGACACACGGGCCUUAGGCCAUCCGCGGCUGGUCGUAUCCUUAGCUAGUGGCGUAGUUCGCGUUUUAAGUGGUCCUUAUUUAAGCUAAUUUUAAUACCGAUUGCACGAUGGUAAUUUAGAUUCUGUUCUUAGCAGGCAGUGAUUCUAUUAUCCGCGCUUUAAUUGUUUCGUUUCCAGAUUGUUUGUUUGUUUUUAUCUGAUCACAAAUCGUUUAGUCACAGCUUAGCAGAUGUACGAAAACUUAAUAUAUCAGCGUACAUUGUACCGUGCUAGGUUAGGCAAAAAUAAAAUGUAGCAUGAAAAUUUGAA